CCGCCUCCGCCGCCCGCCGCUCGGGCUGCGGCUCCUCCUGGGGGCCGGUUCCCGCUGUCUCAGCCGCGGCGCCGAGGGACAUCGGCGUGACUGACUGACCGGCUGCCGGCGCCGGGAGCCGCCGCAUCCAGCCCGGUCCGCCUGGCCGGGGACCCAGGACCGAGUCCGCCCCUCGCGCCCCUCGCCUUUCGCCCCGGCGGGCUCCCGGCCGGCGAGCUGCGCUCCGGCCCUUCCCGGGCGGCGUCGCAGCCAUAGCCCGCGCCCGGAGACAGGUGGUUGCUUUCUCUCUGGAGAAUCUGAACGGAGAGAUGGUCCUUUAACAGGAAAAAUGUACCACCUUAUCCAGUUUGCAAAUAAAGACUUUAUGACCAUCAUUCAAAACUCAACUUUUAAAACUUCAGAAGGAAGGAAUUGAGCAAAAUUUACCCUGCUGAAAACAGUGAAGUCACUUUCCACAGUUGAAAGACUAUUAAGAAGACAAGAUGGGGACUCCUGGUUCUGGAAGGAAAAGAACACCUGUGAAAGACCGAUUUUCUGCAGAAGAUGAAGCUUUGAGUAGCAUUGCCAGAGAGGCAGAGGCAAGACUGGCAGCAAAACGGGCUGCCCGAGCAGAAGCAAGAGAUAUCCGCAUGAGAGAACUGGAACGGCAACAAAAAGAGCACUCUUAUCAUUCCUUUGAUCGGAAAUGGGGACAGAUUCAGAAGUGGCUGGAUGAGUCGGAAAGGGCCAGGUAUUCCCACCGGUCCGGUCAUCGUCGUCCUUCUCUGGGAGUUGAGGAUGCCUUGUCCAUUCGAAGUCUUGGCAGUCACAGGAACCCAUCGAAGGACGUAAUGGGGACACAUUGGAGCAGAGCCAGUACACCCAAAAGGAAAGACAUCAUGUAUGAUGCUUUCAAGGAUAGAUCGUCAAGACUUUCAUCAUUAAAUCAUUCUUACAGUCACUCUGAUGGAAUGAAGAAGAGAUCUUCUGGUUCUCAUAAAGACCCACUGAGUGGCCUCUACUUUGACCAGAGAAACUAUAGCAGUCUUAGACGUAGCAAACCCACCUCUGCCUACUAUACUAGGCAGUCUUCUUCCCUAUACAGUGACCCUCUGGCAACAUCUAAGAGCUACAGGGCCUCCCCUACUGCAAAUUCUGGUCUUCUGAGAAGUGCCAGUCUGGCGUCAUUGUAUGAUGGUGGAUUAUAUAACCCUUAUGGUUCUCGAACUCCAUCUGAAUACAGUUUUCACUCAUCAAGAACGAGUUCAGCCCGAAGCAGUCCUGUGUUUAUCGACGAUGACACUGCAAGCAUUGCUUCUUCUGGUCGUGCCAGCCGUGGGCGAAGGGAGAGUGUGGUUUCUGCAGCUGAUUAUUUUAGUCGCUCCAAUCGUAGGGGGAGCGUGGUCUCCGACGUGGAUGAUGUCAGCAUCCCAGAUCUGACCAGCUUGGAUGAAAAAUCUGACAAACAAUAUGCUGAAAAUUACACAAGGCCUUCAUCUCGAAAUUCUGCCUCAGCAACAACCCCUCUAAGUGGAAACUCAUCCAGACGAGGAAGCGGGGACACCAGCAGCUUAAUAGAUCCAGACACCUCAUUAAGUGAAUUGCGGGAUAUCUAUGACCUUAAGGACCAGAUACAGGAUGUAGAAGGGAGAUACAUGCAGGGGCUUAAGGAACUAAAGGAGUCUUUGUCUGAAGUGGAAGAAAAAUACAAGAAAGCCAUGGUUUCCAAUGCACAGUUAGACAAUGAGAAGAACAAUUUGAUAUACCAAGUAGAUACCCUCAAGGAUGUUAUUGAAGAGCAGGAGGAACAGAUGGCAGAAUUUUAUAGAGAAAAUGAAGAAAAAUCAAAGGAGUUAGAAAGGCAGAAACAUACGUGUAGUGUGCUACAGCAUAAGAUGGAUGAACUUAAAGAAGGCCUCCGACAAAGAGAUGAGCUUAUUGAGGAGAAUCAGCGUAUGCAGCAGAGAAUAGACACCAUGACAAAAGAGGUGUUUGAACUCCAGGAGACACUGCUUUGGAAAGAUAAAAACAUUAGGGCCCUAGAGAAACAGAAAGAAUACAUUGGCUGCCUUAGGAGUGAGCGGGACUCGCUCAGAGAGGAGCUGGCCGAGCUGAAGGCAGCAGUGGAGACGGGAGAGAAACAUGGCUUAGUCAUCAUCCCCGACGGCACUCCCAACGGCGACGUCCAUCAGGAGCCAGUGGUCGGAGCCAUCACUGUUGUGUCUCAGGAAGCCGCUCAGGUCUUGGAGUCGGCAGGAGAAGGGCCACUGGAUGUAAGGCUACGAAAACUUGCUGGAGAAAAGGAAGAGCUACUAUCACAGAUUAGAAAACUGAAGCUGCAGUUGGAGGAGGAACGGCAGAAGUGCUCCAGGAGCGAUGGCACAGCAGGUGACCUGGCGGGACUGCAGAAUGGCUCGGACCUGCAGCUCAUUGAAAUGCAGAGAGAUGCCAACAGACAAAUUAGUGAAUACAAGUUUAAGCUUUCAAAAGCAGAACAGGAUAUAACCACCUUGGAGCAAAGUAUCAGCCGCCUGGAGGGGCAGGUGCUGAGAUAUAAAACCGCUGCUGAGAAUGCGGAGAAAGUCGAGGAUGAACUGAAAGCAGAAAAGAGGAAGCUACAACGAGAGUUACGAACAGCACUGGACAAGAUCGAGGAGAUGGAGAUGACCAACAGCCACCUGGCCAAGCGGCUGGAGAAGAUGAAGGCCAACAGGACAGCACUGCUGGCCCAGCAAUAGGGAGGCUGCCCUGCCGCCCGGGCCCCGCCCGGAAGGACUGAUCUUUCGUCCACUCAGACCCCUUUCAGGACUGUUUGAGCUUUGUCAUUAAAAUAGCCACCUUUGUAUUUUAUAAUUUAUGAGAGAAUGAAACAGGUUUGAAUCUUCAUGAAUGAACACUUUGGAUUUUGUUGGUAGUUUGAUUCUAGACUAAGAACUGGUCCAUGCCGUUAUUAUUUUUUAUUUCCAUAAUUUUAGAAUCAAGUUUACUCACCAUUUUUCCCCAGCUGCCUCAGUGACUGGGCACUCGGAGGCUUUGGCACGGGUUCUGGAGGACAGCGAUUCAGCGCUCACCGAGGUACUUCCUGGAGACCUCAGAAAACACAAGUGCCUUCUCCACAGUGCAAUUCAGACGUCAGUGAUCUCCAGUGGUCAAAAGACAUUUACCCUUAAUAUCAGGUAGCAUUUAUAUUUUAGUGAAGAAACAAGUUCACAGGUGGGGAAUAUAUGUUUCACUCAAAUUUAUAUGUUUGGAGGAAAAAGCCUUUUUUUUGUAAGAUAUUUAAAUUUAUAUAAGAAACUGUUAGAAAAAGAUACGGGGAGUGUAUAUAAAACUUGCUUUAUUGCAUGGGGCAGGGGAAGUCCAAGGCCUGUACUCUUAAAGUAAGAGUAGGGUCCUUGGUCUUCACAUCAACUGUGCUGUAUCUUGUAAAGUAUUUCAUCUGCUGCUCAUCUGUGGAAUGAAACCUCAGACCAGCCCGAUGAGGGAGGGAGGGCAGGCCAGGCCAGGCAGGUGGGAAGUCGGCCUGAAGAUUCUAUUAAAUACACCCUUUUGCUGACUACAGUUGGCUACUGACACAUUCAUUUUCUUAGAGGAGCCUUUAAAACUAGUCAUUGGCAAUCAUGCCCUCCUAGCUCGCCCCUCUUUUCUCUCCUUAAAAUAAUCUCCUUAAAGAAAAAUAAUCUGGAAUAUAGAAUUUCUUUUUUAAGAACUUCAGUUUCAUGUUUAAAGGCACCCAGUUUAAGAGGAUUUUAUCAUCGAGUCGUAGCCAUGUUACAGUAUUUGUGAUUCUCUUUUGCUCUCAGAAUUGAGGUGGUUUUAUGGAAAUGAUUAUUGUAUCUUCAGUGUGUUUACACAGAAAAAAUAUGGGGGAAAGUCUAAUGAAUUAAGGCCACAUAAGAUAAAAUUAGACUUGAAACUAGGUAAUAAAGUUAACUUAAGUAUGAAUAAAAUCUCUAAUAAUUAUUCCCUUCUUUAGAAUAAUUAGCUCUUUGUGUUUAAAACAUGGAAACCAGGGGCUUCCCUGGUGGCGCAGUGGUUAAGAAUCCGCCUGCCAAUGCAGGGCACAUGGGUUUGAGCCCUGGUCUGGGAAAAUUCCACAUACCGCAGAGCACCUAAGCCCGUGCACCAGAACUACUGAGCCUGUGCUCUAGAGCCCGCGUGCCACAACUACUGAAGCCCACGCACCUAGAGCCCAUGCUCUGCAACAAGAGAAGCCACCGCAAGGAGAAGCCCACGCACCUCAACGAAGAGUAGCCCCCGCUCGCUGCAACUAGCGAAAGCCUACACGCAGCAACGAAGACCCAACACAGCCAAAAAUAAAUGUUUAUUUUAAAAAAUAAAAUAAUUCAGGAAA